AGUGGACAGUGGCCACGGAGAGAUAACAGUCAGCUGCGUAGGAGAUGGCAGCAGCAGCGGCAGCCGCUCUCGCUCCCGCGUCUUCUUCCCGCCUCGGCCCUCGUUCCACUGCUCGCCUUCUCCUCAUCUGCACCACCGCCAGAAAACCUAGGAAUCCCAUCCAACGGCCCAAAAGCCUAGAAAGAAAACCUCAUCUCCUCCUUCCGUCACUCCACCUCCAUUUCCCUCUCACCGUCCCUUCAGAACUCUCAUUUUCCAAUUGGAGGCGUUUCUGCAGCGCAACCACCGGCUCUCUCUCCCCCGCCGAGCCCAGGACGGAGUCCGUCGGUAAUCCGACGGCGGAAGCUGGCGAGAGGGUUCGGGAGUUCCGUAAGCGGUUGCGGAUCGUCGACAUAAAGGGCGGUCCUGAUGAGGGCCUCGACAGGUUAGGGCAGAGGUUGUCCAUCAGGGGAUGGGUCCGGACUUGCCGCGUGCAGAGUAGUGUUACGUUUAUUGAGGUUAAUGAUGGUUCAUGCCUUUCUAACAUGCAAUGCGUGAUGAGCUUGGAUGCCGAAGGAUACAAUCAGGUGGAAAGUGGCUUCAUCACGACUGGUGCAUCUGUGAGGGUAGAGGGCAUUCUAUUAAGAAGUCAAGGAUCCAAGCAAAAGGUGGAAUUGAAGGUGGCAGAAAUCAUCAGUGUUGGCAAGUGUGACCCUUCAACUUUUCCUAUUCAAAAGAAGAGGGCAAGCAGAGAAUUCUUGAGAACAAUAGCCCAUCUUCGUGCUCGGACAAACACAUUUGGUGCGGUUACAAGAGUGAGGAAUGUUUUGGCAUAUGCAACUCACAAGUUUUUCCAAGAAAAUGGAUUUGUCUGGGUUUCAAGUCCAAUCAUAACUGCUUCAGAUUGCGAAGGAGCUGGUGAACAAUUCUGUGUGACAACUUUGAUUCCAAGCUCCCUAGAAAGUACUAUAUCACCAGUUAGUACCAUCCCUAUGACGAAGGAUGGGGUAAUUGAUUGGUCACAGGACUUUUUUGGAAAACCAGCAUUCCUGACAGUUUCCGGCCAACUCAAUGCUGAAACAUAUGCCUCUGCUCUUUCUGAUGUAUAUACAUUUGGUCCGACUUUUCGAGCAGAGAAUUCUAAUACUUCAAGGCAUUUAGCUGAAUUCUGGAUGAUUGAACCAGAACUUGCUUUUGCCGAUCUGAAUGAUGACAUGGCGUGUGCAACUGCCUAUCUCCAGUAUGUCGUACGAUAUAUUCUUGAGAACUGCAAAGAGGAUAUGGAAUUUUUUAAUACUUGGAUCGAGAAAGGAAUUAUAGAUAGAUUAAGAAAUGUGGCUGAAAAAGACUUUGUGCAGUUGACUUAUACUGAUGCCAUUGAGCUUCUUCUGAAAGCAAAGAAGAAAUUUGAAUUCCCGGUAAAGUGGGGAUGUGAUUUACAGAGUGAGCAUGAACGUUACAUCACAGAAGAUGUUUUUGCAGGCUGCCCUGUGAUAAUCAGAGACUAUCCCAAGGAGAUAAAGGCUUUUUAUAUGCGGGAAAAUGAAGAUGGAAGGACUGUUGCAGCAAUGGAUCUGUUGGUUCCUCGGGUUGGUGAACUUAUUGGUGGAAGCCAACGAGAAGAGCGUCUAGAUUUUCUUGAGAACCGUUUAGAUGAGUUGAAGCUCAAUAAGGAAAGCUAUUGGUGGUAUCUUGAUCUGCGGCGUUUUGGCUCAGUUCCUCAUGCUGGCUUUGGAUUGGGAUUUGAGAGGCUUGUGCAGUUUGCAACUGGAAUAGAGAACAUAAGGGAUGCAAUCCCAUUCCCUCGAUCUCCCGGUUCUGCUGAGUUCUGAAACUGUGGCAAAUCUUGCAACCUUGACAUCAUUGAACUUUUUUUUUUUUCCUGGAUUACAGAAAUAUAGCUCAUUGAAUCAGUGAAGGCAGUUGUAUACAUUGUGCUUUUAUGUCUUUUUUAUUUUUAUUUUUAUUUUUUCUAUACCAGUUUAUUUUCCUUUUCUUUA